AUGAGAAGAUUUGCAAUAUAAUCAGAUUUUGACUUUUUCUAUGUAUUAUAAAAAUAAAUUGGAAGCGGUAGCUUUUCAUAGGUAAAUUUUGGAAAUAUUUUAGGUGUUCUUAGCCAGAAAUAAAUAUGAUGGUAAUGAAUAUGCUGUUAAAUAUAUUAUGAAAAAAGAGGAGAUUAUAGAAAUAGAUAAGCAAUAAUUAGUAAAAGAGAUUUCAAUACUUAGGUAAUUACAACAUUAAUCUAUUAUAAAAUUACAUGAAACAUUUGAAACAAAUGAUGCUGUUUAUUUAGUAAUGGAAUAUUUAAAGGGAGGAGAUCUCUUGUAAUUUAUAGAAGAAAAAUAAGAUCGAAUUUUUACAGAAGAACAAAUAGCAAUAAUAAUUUAUAAAUUAUUAAAGGUAAUCCAUUACCUGCAUCAAAAAGGAAUUAUGCAUAGAGAUUUAAAACCUGAAAAUAUAUUAUUUAAGGAAAAAGGAAUGAUGGAGACUUUAUGUUUAGGCGAUUUUGGAUUGGCAGAUUUUUAUACUAAAGAUGGUAACUAUUUAUUUACAAGAUGUGGAACUCCUGGUUACGUGGCACCAGAAUUACUUUAAGAUUAGUAAUAUGAUUAUAAAGUAGAUAUGUAUAGUAUUGGCAUUAUAAUGAUUAUAUUGUUAACAGGGAAAGAGCCUUUUUAAGGUGAUUAUCAUCAGAAAGUUCAAUAGAAUUAUUUUGGAAUUAUAGAAUUAUCAAAUAUUAAAAAUAUAACUGAUAUUGGAAAAGACUUUUUAAGAAGAAUAUUGUAAGUCAAUCCAUAAAAAAGAUUAAAUGCAAAUCAAGCUUUAUAUCAUUAUUGGUUUUAAAUGUUUAAAUUAGCAAAGCCAAUGCUUUUAUAAAAUAAUAAAGGGAAGAGUAUAAAAAGAUUAUCUUAAGUUGAAAUUAAAAAUUUUUCAUUAAAUACCCUUGCCCUUAUUAGUCCAAGAUUAUCUAGAUAAUAAUCUAAAGAUAAAGAUAAAGAUAAAGGUUCACUUCCCUAAAGUCCUAAUCCAUGUCUCUAAAAUUGUUUAACAAGUCGUCAAUAAUAUUCACCUAGAAUGAGUACACAUUUUACACUAAAUUCUUUGGUUCUUGGAAACAAAGAAAAAUAGUGUCUUAGAUCUAGAAUAUAAAAUUUGAUGAAAUAUUGA